AUCAAACUGAACGUCAUGCCGUUUUGGAUCCGUGAGUCAUCCAAAGCCGAGAUAAGCUAUCAAAACAUCGAGUGGCUAAUAAACCAUCGCUCUUUACGUAAACCAUGGGAGAGAGAGGCCGACAACAUUUGUCAGAAAAGCUCAUUAUCAUCGCCAAUGGCUAACGCCAGCACCACUCUGUUUGCUCUCUCCUCCUCCAUUCCCACUCGCCUCUCUCUCCCCCGUCGCUCUGAAUCUCUUAAACUCGUCGUGCCAGUGGCUAUGGCCUCCUCUGCUUCCACCGCUAAAAAGGUGGCUCCUGCUGUGAUCGUAGGCGACGGGAGAGUCGGAAGAGCGUUGCAGGAGAUGGGUAGUGGCGAUGACUUGUUGGUGAAGAGAGGAGAACCAGUUCCUGUUGAUUUCGAAGGACCCAUUUUCGUUUGUACGAGGAAUGAUGAUCUUGAUGCUGUUCUUGAAGCUACUCCUCAGUCUAGAUGGAAAGAUUUGGUGUUCUUCCAAAAUGGAAUGAUGGAGCCUUGGUUUGAGAGCAAAGGUUUGGUUGAUACAGACCAAGUGUUGGCUUAUUUCGCUGUGUCAAAGCUUGGUGAGCCUCCCGUUGAUGGAAAGACUGACACUAACCCUGAAGGUUUAACUGCUGCUUAUGGAAAAUGGGCUUCUGCUGUAGCUGCAAGGUUGCAAUCUGGUGGCCUCUCUUGCAAGGUUCUUGACAAAGAAUCGUUUCAGAAGCAGAUGUUGGAGAAACUCAUUUGGAUUUGCGCCUUUAUGCUUGUUGGAGCUCGUCACCCAGGAGCAAGUGUGGGCACGGUGGAGAACGAGUACAGAGAUGAAGUGUCAAGACUGAUCCAAGAACUUGCAGCUGCUGCAUCUGCAGAGAAAGGACUGACCUUUGAAGAGGAUAUGGUGGAGAGACUGUGCGCUUAUUCUCGAGCUGUUGCUCAUUUCCCGACCGCUGUUAAAGAAUUUAAAUGGAGGAAUGGUUGGUUUUAUUCGCUCUCAGAGAAAGCGAAUGCAGAAGGGAAACCUGAUCCUUGUCCGCUCCACACCGAAUGGCUGAGAGAGCUUAAAGUGAUAUAGAGCAAGAGCCUGUGCUGUUUGUGAGUUCUUAUGGAUAUGAGUAAUAUUUUGUAAGUAGAUGAUUUAAAACUAGUGUGACUCUGUUGUACACGCAUGAAGAAGUCAAAAUAAAGAUGGAUUCACUUAA